GCUCACCACGAUGCCAGUCUUGCCGCGUAUUUCAAACGAAACGCUCGUGAGCAUCUGUCAAAGUUUUAAUUUAUUUCCUGUCAAAUCAAAAAGGUCAAUGACACAAGAUUGGGAUCCGAAACGCAAGUUCUUACGAUUUUAAUUGAAUUCGAAAAUAGAAUUUGAACGUUGAUGGAAUUUAAUUGAGGAUAAUGAAUAAGGUUCAGUGAGUGAUUGCCAAUGACAAAAAUGAGAAUCAAGAUGCAAGUGCAACUAUUCAUAGUGCUAAUGGUGGUGCUCAUGCCAGUGCUCUGCAUCACGAAGAAGCUUGCGAGGUUCCAGGGCGAUCCAUUGUCUAAGAUUCGAUGCGAUCUUAUGUGCUGGGAUGUUGUGAAGGAUGUACGACCACAGUGCCGCACACAAUGCAAAUUUCAACAGCAAAAACCUGGCACUUGCCCAAUGCCGGACAACUCAAGAUGGGCUAAUGCAUGCGUGGAGGCUUGCAAUCUGGAUGGGCAGUGCGAUGGCACUCAGAAAUGCUGUAAACUGCGAUGUGGCUCUUCUUGCAGCGAACCAGUUGAUUUGCUUACGCUUUCGGGCCUCCCAGCUCUACCAGUAAUAGAAGAACCUAAAGAAAAACGUCGGUCUGUUAUUAUUAAAUGGUCAGACGGCGUCGGCGAUGCCGCAAGGGCUGUGCCAGGUAGAGUCCUGUAUCUCCUCGAAGAACAACAUCAUCUCGGCCCCAAAUAUGAGGAAGCAAGGCUUGGAACGUGGAACUUGCUACUACGUACGAAUAAAACAAAAGUAUCUCUCCGCAACCUGCUAAAACCUGGACGCUGGUACCGAUUCCGAGUGGCUGCAGUAAGUGCUGCUGGCACUCGAGGGUUCUCGGAGCCUAGCGCUCCGUUCACUCCAAGGAGAGGACCUAGGCCGCCAUCGCCUCCGAAGAAAUUAAGGGUUCGACCGAUUAGAUCCGAGAAUGGUACAGUAACAGUAAGACUCGAAUGGCGUGAACCACGAUCUGACUUGCCAGUAAUGCGAUAUAAAGUAUUUUGGAGCCGGAGAGUUCAAGGGCUUGGAGGCGAGCUGGAUUCCGUGUUGGUCAACCACCAAUCAGUUUCUAAGGAGAAAAAAUUCAUUGAAAUAAAGGAUUUGCAACCAAGUUCCUUGUAUUUCUUCCAAGUUCAAACAAUAAGCCAAUUUGGGGUGGGAAAACUUCGCAGUGAAAAAUCUGCUAUCUUCUUCAACACCACGAAAUCUAAUGAGAUUCUCCCGGAGUCUCUUCAAAGACACGAAGGGAAAAUAACGGGCUUAAAGCUACAUAAAAUAAUUUGGUACAACAGAAAACUAAAAGGCAAGAUCUCAUGGGACCCUCUGCGUAACACAGAUAGACAACAACGAUAUUACGUAAACUGGAGAACAAUUCAAUGUGAAAACAAAGAAACGCCACAAAAAGAUUUAUCAGCAAUCACCGAGCAAACAACGUUUGAUAUCUACGAAUUGGAAUAUAAAUGCAAUUACAAGAUCAAUGUGAACAGAGCUUGGAAACCCAAAUACCCUGAUUCCGAACUUCACAUAACUGUUCCUGGAUGUCAAUACUUUCAACAAAAAGUAAAUAAUACUAUUUGUAACUAUUAGAAUUGAACAUGUUUCUUGUUAGUAAAAUAUUAUUUAAUGUAAACAAUGUUUGGAAAAAAAUUGCAAUUUUUACCUUCUAAUGUGUAUAUUUUAAGGUUGAAACCUUUAUGUAAUGUCGUGAGAACGAAAUUGAGAAAAUAUUCCU